AUUCGGAAAGUCCGAAGAAAGUCGCAGUUUCCAAUCGUCGACAGUAUUAAUAUUGUGGAAUUGUGGAAUCGUUUUAAAAUCGCGUGGAAAAAUUGUGUAAAAUCAGUUCAAACCAAAGAAAAAUGCAGAAAUCCCUAGUUUCCCUCAUUCUAGCCCUCGCCAUCGCUGUUGCGAGCGUCACUGGGAGCCCAGCUGGUGGUCUAACAACGUCUGCCUCUCCUGGCCCAGUAAACAUUGAUACCAUUAAGAGUGGCUUGGAAAAGGCCGCCGAAAAGGUGGGCGUGAGUCCGGAGGCGAUCGCUCAGAUGCAGAGGGACCCUCACGCGACCGUACUCUCGGCGAUGAGCCACCUGACCGACUUCCUUUCGACGACGGCUACCAAAGCCGCUACCACCGCCCAGGCCUCCGUUGGAGACCUCCUCCAGACCACUAAAAACCUUGCCGGUGAUCACAUACAGGCCCUCAAAGAAUACGGUGAUGCCGCCUCCACCGCCGGAUUAAAGGCUGCGGAGACGACCCGCGAUCUCUUUACCAAGUCGUAUCCGAACGCAAUCGGACUUCCACCCCUGACUCUCAACGCCAAAGGGUCCGGCGGCUUCACCGGCUUCGGCAUUUAGAUCCCGCGCGGAUCGUCCCUCCAACGAAUUGUGCAAAGGGAUUUAACUUCAUUGCUCUUCUUCGCCUUUAACCUUAAGUCUUUUCUGUGUUCUGUAUAUUGCACCACAUUCUGCGAUGAGGACUGAGAAACCACCAUUUCUGGCUCACCCCUCAAAACCGCCCGUCUUCGUAGCCUUAACAGCGAUGAACCUCAAAAAAAAAUUCUCGAAAACUUUAAAAAACACAAAAACAAUGUUUGAGGAACCAUUUAUUGGUAUUUUUCUGUUUUAAAAUCUGUGUGAUGAAGAAAGGUCUUUGAAAGACAAUUAACACUUUUUUGCAAGUUUUACAGCAUUUUCUUUUCUCUUUUUGCAAACAUCUGUGGAGGUAAAAAAAAAUUGUAGUUUAGCGCUUCUAGGAGCGUUUUUACUCUUUUUUUCAUUUCAGUUUUAACGUGCGUAAAUUGUGACUAUAAAAAAUGCAUAAUAAAGGUUUCCGCAGAUAAACACUGUAACGACUUCUUGAAAGAGUUGUAUUUUCAGUAUUUCCGGGUUGUUUUUAAGUUUUUGAUCAGUCGUUUCUACUCGAGAGGGAAAAGAAUGGAACUUGGUUUCUUAAAUGGGUCAGGAAUAGUAAUUUACUACCUACUGCAAAAUGUAGUCCGAUUAGAUUAAGUUAAACCCCACGAGUUCGCACUAUCCUACUUCGCACCGGCGGAUUAUGACAAUCUGCUCCCGCAUAAAGCGCGGCUCAAGCAAAUUAGGUCAGUUGAUCCAUACGAUACUAAUUUAUGAAUAAAUUUUAUUAUCCUCUUGCUGA